ACCCCUCCAAGCGCCGAGAGGCCCCUACGAGCCACCGCGCCGGCAGCGAACGAAAGGCGACGGGCACGACGGAACACCGGCAGGCGACGGCCCCGCUCCCCGCCCUGAGGCGGCGGCGCGGAGCAUGCGCAGAGGCCAAUUCCCCCCUUCCGGCAGUGCGGCGGCCGGAGCCUUGCGGAGGAGGCGGGGUAAGAUGGCGGACGCGGUGCCCGCCGCCCGCUGGGUCCGCGCCGCCGCAGCCCUGCUCCUAGGGUGCUGCGGCGCAGCGCUCGCCAGCGGCAUCCAGGAUCAAGCAGAACAGUUCUUUAGAAGUGGACAUACAAAUAACUGGGCAGUUUUGGUGUGUACAUCUCGAUUCUGGUUUAAUUAUCGUCAUGUGGCAAAUACUCUUUCAGUAUAUAGAAGCGUCAAGAGGCUGGGCAUCCCUGAUAGUCACAUUGUCCUGAUGCUGGCAGAUGAUAUGGCGUGUAAUCCCAGAAAUCCCAAACCAGCUACUGUGUUUAGUCAUAAAAACAUGGAGCUAAAUGUCUAUGGAGAUGAUGUGGAAGUGGAUUACAGAAGCUAUGAGGUUACUGUCGAAAAUUUCUUGCGUGUAUUAACGGGAAGAAUCCCACCAAGCACACCGCGAUCUAAACGUCUUCUUUCUGAUGACAGAAGCAAUAUUCUAAUAUAUAUGACAGGCCAUGGUGGAAAUGGUUUCCUAAAAUUUCAAGAUUCUGAAGAAAUCACAAAUGUAGAACUUGCUGAUGCCUUUGAACAAAUGUGGCAGAAAAGAAGGUACAAUGAAUUGUUGUUUAUUAUUGAUACUUGUCAAGGAGCAUCCAUGUAUGAACGAUUUUAUUCACCUAAUAUAAUGGCCUUGGCUAGCAGCCAAGUAGGAGAAGAUUCUUUAUCACAUCAGCCUGAUCUUGGGAUUGGCGUUCAUCUUAUGGACAGAUACACAUUCUAUGUGCUAGAGUUCUUGGAAGAAAUUCAUCCGGCCAGUCAGACAAAUAUGAAUGACUUAUUUCAGGUCUGUCCAAAAAGUUUGUGCGUUUCCACACCUGGGCACCGAACUGAUCUCUUUCAGCGAGACCCUCAAAAUGUUCUGAUAACAGACUUCUUUGGCAGUGUGAGAAAGGUGGAAAUUACGACAGAGACAAUUUCUUUGGACCGUGACUUAGCUGGUUUUGAAAGCAAAAACCAAAACAAAAGGACUGGCAUCCUCCUGGAGGAUUCAUUUUAGGACUCUGGGCAUUGAUCAUCAUGGUUUUCUUCAAAACAUACGGAAUCAAGCACAUGAAACACAUCUUUUGAAUUUGAGCAAGCAAGAUGAUUGCAUUGACUGCUACUUUGGAUUCACUGGUGUCACCUGAGUUCUGUAUGUGUGUUAAGAUUGUAGUGAAAAACAAUAUUGAGAUCUUGCUUCUAAAGGUUCUUCUGAAGUCAUCUCUUCUGCCCCUUUUUCUGAAGAGAGUCUAAC